AUGUCCUUUUCUAGUAGCUCUCCUGCGGCAAAUCCAUUUUUAGUGGACUCUUUAAUUGGUGCUUGCAGGUCGGACAGCUUCUACUCCAGCAGCAACAUGUACAUGCCGUCUGGCUCAGAAAUGGGAACUUACGGAAUGCAAACCUGUGGACUCCUGCCGUCUUUUGGCAAAAGAGGGGAGGUCAACCACCAAAAUAUGGGCAUGAAUGUCCACUCGUACAUACCUCAGAUAGAUAACUGGACUGAUCCGAAUAGACCCUGCAGAAUACAGCCGCCCAACCAGAUGUCAAACUGUACAUUUUCACAGAGCAUAAAGGAAGAGAGUAACUGCUGCAUGUACUCCGAUAAGAGAGUACAGAAAGUCAGCUCGACAGAGAUCCCCGCAUAUUCUGACGUUAUAUCCGAAUCUUGUACUGUCGACGGUCCCGAGGUCCCGGUUCCGGGCUAUUUCAGACUGAGUCAAACUUAUGCGAAUGGGAAACAUCAGGAAAACUACUGCCACGAUCCGCCGAGUCCAACCCAAACACUGACGCAGCUCAGCCGGGUCACCCCGAAACCGCAGCCCUCAUCGGCGCCUUCACAUUUUGCUGAGGUGGAAAAGAAAAGCGAGGAGGUCCAGCAAAAGCCCGAGACCUCAAGGACACCGGUCCCAGUAGAAAGCCCGGAUCCCAAGUCCAUCUCCGGGGAGAAAAAGUGCAACAUGGAAGCCUCUGUGUCCAGUCCUGAGCCGCAACAGAAGGAAGGAAAAGUCUGCGACGCACCGACAAGCAACUGGUUAACUGCAAAAAGUGGGAGAAAGAAAAGAUGUCCCUACACAAAGCACCAGACCUUGGAGUUGGAGAAGGAGUUUCUCUUCAAUAUGUAUCUGACCCGAGAGCGCCGCCUAGAGAUCAGCCGGGGCGUCAACCUGACCGACAGGCAGGUCAAGAUCUGGUUUCAGAACCGCAGGAUGAAACUGAAAAAAAUGAACAGAGAAAACCGCAUCCGUGAACUGACCUCAAAUCUCACCUUUUCGUGA